AUGUUCAAAAAUCCUCUUCUUUUCACUAUCCUGCUUAUUUGCUAUUCCUUAACAGCAUGUAUUGUUGUUGCCCUUUCUGAAAAAAGCAUUCAAACCAUUUUGAAAAAACACAAUGACUUCCGCAUCAAACAUCACGCUCCUAGUCUUAAAUGGGAUACCACUUUAGCUUCUUAUGCACAAAGGUGGAGCAAUAAAUGUCAAUUUAACCAUUCUGGUGGCCCUUAUGGCGAGAAUUUAGCUAGUGGCUAUCGUAGCUGGGCUGAUGUUGUCGACGCCUGGUACGGAGAAGUAAAAAAAUACGAUUUCGACAAGCCUACAGGAUUCUCAGCAACGACUGGGCAUUUUACCGCUGUGGUGUGGAAGUCGACCACGAAAAUCGGAUGUGGUGUCAAAACCUGUAGAAAUCUCAAUGGAGCCAAAAUUUAUACUUGUUCGUACGAGCAACCGGGUAAUAUUUGUUGUGGAGGCAACCGAGGGCCCAAAUGGAAAAGAGAAAUUGUCAAAGAUCAUAAAUUCGACUAUAUUGACCUGAAAGAGUUUUAUGAUCCUUCCUGUACAGCACGAAUAGCCUACCUGAUCAUGUAUAUACUUAUUUUAAAAGGCUUUUUGGUUUAUGUAGCAGAUUUAUGGACAGCUGUUAUUGGCAACUCCAGUAUUAAUGCAGAUGCCUCUAUCCCGCCAGAUGUAGCUAAAUGGAUCUUCUUGGGUGCCAUUCUGAUAUCGUUUGUAUUAUUAUUUUGGGAUAUUAGGAAAGCUCGAGGCAUUAUAGAAUCAAGGGACAUCUCAUUAAACUUUUUCUCGGUUAUUGCCAAUCGCUGGUAUUCUACGAAAGACUACAAAUAUUUCUGUUUAUUUCGAAGGAUUGAAAAGUCACGAAAGUCCGUUGAUUCUAUAGCUAUAUUUGUUUUCUUUACCUUGAAAGGGUGGAAGAAGAUAUUGUUGGCUGAAGCACCUAGACAAGUGAUCAACGUUGUCACUUUGAAAACGAUUAUACCCAAAUGGAUUCAGAUCAACAAUGGAUUAAUUAUAUCGAAUGAAAGCUUAGGAAAAAACACGGUUCAGCGAUUGAUGACAGGAACAAUGAUCUUUUCAACUGCCAUUUUUGCAAUGUCAUUUAUCUUAUUAUGUGCCGCCGCAGUAAUUUAUUUACCUGUUCUAUGUCAUAUACAAGGAAAUUUAAAAGAGUAUUGCUGUCAUAAAGUCGACAAAAGAAUUGAAGAAGUGCUCAGAAAACAAGCACGUAAGAGGAUCGAGAAACAUAAGCAGUUGGAAGAACGACUUAAAAAUUCAAUAUCUGUCCACAAUGGAAAGAGCAAGAAGACAGCUGGCAAUAGAAAGAAGAAAUAUGAUAUUGAAAUGCAAUCGUUGCCUCAACCAACUCUGCCCAACUUACCGGUGGAUACACCUUAUACUAGUACACCUUAUACUACUUCUUCACCUUACAGCAACGGCAUAGUAGACUAUAACAUUCAUCAACAUUUACCGCAGUAUCAUCAAUACCAUUAUACUACUUCUCCUUCACCUCAGCAUCAUCAUCAACAGCUCCCACUCCCACCACUCCGGCGAAAUAACAGUUUCACGUCCAUUAGCAGUGACCAAUUGGCCCUAACGGCUCAUGCUCAAGGCGAACCUUAUAGCCAUUAUGAUUAUAAUCAUAUGUCUCCAUCACCUUUACCAGCAAUGCAGCAACAACAGCAUUAUUAUCAGCAGCAAUCACAACAACAAUAUGACAAGUAUCAACAUUAUCAAGGCUAUUACUAG